UUCAACGAGCGGCCUUAGCCAAGCUGGAAGACUUCUCGAGUCCAGACUCUCACUCAACAACAACAAGACGGCGUACGGCUUAGCCGGCGCCGUGAAUGCUGGGGCGAGUCGUGGACCGGACGCACUCCGGUGGGAAGCUUCGCAGGAAUGGAACACCCCGUCCCAGCUCUUCCCUGCUAUUUAAUGCUCUCCAUAUCCUCGUCCCUUGCGAGUGUGCCCCAUGCUACAUUGUCACCGCUCAGUCAUCGCACCCUUUUCUUUCCAACGGCGUUCACGUCAUCUCAUGACAGCGGUUCGCACCAGUCGGUGGCAGUGGCUGUGCAAGAUCGAAUGAAAACGUUGUCACUUAUCCUAUCUAACUUACUCAAGGCCACAUGAACACUUUUCCCUUCUACUUAGAUCAUGAUAAAAUA